UAAGAGUUUGCUGCCUGUAUAUUCACUUCCCGUUUACAUCAUUAUUUAAAUUCAUGGGUGGUGUUUCUGACGGCUUUCUCAUUAUAUUAUUCAUAAUGUACUGUUUGUAGAUGUCUAUAUUAAAAGCGCAUCCGCUGAUGGUGACACUAUUUGGAGUUAUUAGUGUCAUAUUACUGAAACAUAUCGCUGAUGGCUUGCAUAUUCGGCUAGUAAAUGGAUCCAGACCAAGUCAGGGGCGCCUGGAGGUUUUCUACAACAACACAUGGGGUACAGUCUGUGAUGACGACUUCAACAGUUCGGAAGCAAAAGUUGUUUGUCGCAUGCUGGGAUUCACCGGGGUGUUAGUACCCUUAAGUUCGACCACUUACGGACAGGGUACCGGUCCAAUAUGGCUGGAUGACGUGAGGUGCAUUGGUACCGAGUCAAGUUUGUCCUACUGCCGGACCAGAGGCUGGGGCGAGCACAACUGUGGUCACCACGAAGAUGUCGGAGUAGAUUGCUAUUCAGACCUGAAAAUUCGCCUAGUAAAUGGAUUAAGGCCUAGCCAAGGGCGUGUCGAGAUUUUCUACAACAACACUUGGGGUACUAUCUGUGAUGACAACUUUGACAAUUUGGCAGCAAAAGUUGUUUGUCGCAUGCUGGGAUUCCCCGGGAGCCUGUUAGCAGCUGUUGCAUUUGGUAGCGCCACUUAUGGCAAGGGUACUGGCCCAAUAUGGCUGGCUUACGUGACGUGUAAAGGUACCGAGUCGAGUUUGUCCUUCUGCCAGGCCUUAGAUUGGGGCAAUAACUACUGUAGUCAUUACGAAGAUGUCGGGGUAGAUUGUGGCCUGAAUUUUCGACUUGUAAAUGGAUCCAGUCAUACCCAAGGGCGUCUCGAGGUUUUCUUCAACAACACUUGGGGUACAAUAUGUGACGACUACUUCGACAGUUUGGCAGCAAAAGUUGUUUGUCGCAUGCUGGGAUUCACAGGGAACCUUUUACCACCCGUUGCCUUGAGUAGCGACUAUUAUGGACAGGGUACUGGUCCAAUAUGGCUAGAUGACGUGAGGUGUAACGGAACAGAGUCGAGUUUGUCCAACUGUCGGGCUAAUAACUGGGGCGUUCACAACUGUCAACAUAGAGAUGAUGUCGGAGUGGAUUGUAGUCCAUCUGUGUCGAUUAUUGGUAAUCAGCCGGUAAAUGAAAACAGCAGCCUCCGUCUUCUUUGCCAACUAUCAACAUGCUUCUCAUCAAGGUGUAACUACUUCUGGACGUCAUCGAUAGCGAUAAACGGAGACACUUCUCAACAAGACAUAAUGCUGACAAAUAUAAAACGGGAUUGGAAUUCAGCAACAAUAUAUUGUCGAGUCACCGUUAAUGGGUCCUUUUUCAGGGGAUCAACCACAAUUAAAGUACAGUACGCCCCUGAUGUGACGCUAACUUGGGACGAGCGCGCAAAGAUAUUCACUUGCACAGCCGCGGGAAAUCCCGACAAUUAUACUUUUCACGCACUGGAGCAUCGCAUAUCAGGCUCUCUGAUAAGAAACAUCAGUUUUCAAUCGGGUACAGACGGGUCACGUAAUGCGGCCCUACAGAAACUAAGUUACCAGGACAACGGAACGUACAAGUGCGCAGUUGAAAAUGGUAUUCGUAAAAAUGGGGCAAUACAACAAAGUCAACUGUUGGAUCUGGUUAUAAAAGACGUACCCAUUCUGUUGGCAUACACAAAAGCAUAUAGCGUCUCAAAAGGCGACCCACUGAACCUCACCAUUCCGGUUUACGCCUUCCCAGCCGUUCCGAGAACCGGAAUUGUGAUCAAGAUAGGAAAUCGCAUAAUGAGUACCUCAGAAAAUAUCACUGUUAACUUAGAGAAAGGUACUGGCUCCGUAUCUUUCCAUAAUAAAAACAUUGCAAGCGAGAUCCAAACGCUGUCAGUGGUGAUCAACGCUAUGCAUGAAGAUUACUUCGGGCAUUGGUCAGUGAACUUCAAUAACGAUUUUGGAAAAACAACAGCAUACUUUUCCCUCAACGUGUAUAAACCGGACGCUACUGCUCAACAUGUUGGAAUGACAGUGGGGAGUGUAAUUGGCGGCCUUGCAGGCGUAGUGCUGAUUGUUUUGAUUGUUUGCUUUGUAAGGAAGAAGACGCGUAAUAAAAAGCCUCCGUAA